CUUUUUUCGCUGUUUCACCGAAUACAAAUUGGCCUACUGGUCUCCCUCCCUCCAACUCUCCCACCUUCAAAAAGCUUAGUCAAAGAAGGGUAGAACUCCGAGCACAGCAAUGGCGAACGCGGCGGAGGUAGAGGCGGUAGACUUCGAGCCGGAGGAGGACGAUCUGAUGGACGAGGAUGUCGACGCCUCCUCAUCCCCUAGGGCUCCAAUUCCGAGGAUCAAGUCCGCUAUCGGCGACUCUUCCUCAGCUCCCAGGAAGACUAAGGGCCGCGGCUUCCGCGAGGACGCUGCCGAGGCUGACCGAAAUGCUCGUAUGUCUGCUCGCUUCGACUCUCUGGACUCUGACGGUGGCCCCGGUCCUGAACGAUCCAUUGAAGGAUGGAUUGUUUUGGUAACUGGAGUUCAUGAAGAGGCUCAAGAAGAUGAUAUCCAUAACUCUUUUGGUGAGUUUGGAGAUAUUAAGAACUUGCAUCUGAAUCUAGAUCGUCGCACUGGGUUUGUCAAGGGCUAUGCUCUGGUUGAAUAUGAGAACUUUGAAGAAGCACAGAAAGCUAUAAACGAGAUGGAUGGAACUGAACUGCUCACUCAAACCAUUCAUGUUGAUUGGGCAUUUAGCAAAGGUUCAUUCAAGAGGAGGAAUGCAAGGAGAUCACCUCGAGGUCAUCGUUCAAGAAGUCCAAGGAGGAGAUACUAGUUGUGUGAAAUGUUUCAAGUAAUUGUGGCUAAUAUUAUCGGAUUUAGAGAGACUUGAUUUUCGAGGAAUGCUGAUUGGUUUAGUGGUGUUGUUAUGUGUAUGAUGAUUACUACACAGAAUUUCAUUGUAUGUACCUUUGGGUUUCCAUGGCUUGCUAUUUGAGACUAGUGGACGUGGUGCUGUUAAUGAUGGGUUUCCCUUGUAUUGUUCUGA